AUGUCCGGCUCCUACGACGAGGCCUCACUGGCUCCAGAGGAGACCACCGACAGCUUCUGGGAGGUGGGGAACUACAAGCGCACGGUGAAGCGCAUCGAUGACGGCCACCGCCUGUGCAACGACCUGAUGAACUGCGUGCAGGAGCGCGCCAAGAUCGAGAAGGCGUACGCGCAGCAGCUCACCGACUGGGCCAAGCGCUGGCGCCAGCUCAUCGAGAAAGGCCCACAGUAUGGCAGCCUGGAACGGGCCUGGGGUGCCAUCAUGACGGAGGCAGACAAGGUGAGCGAACUGCACCAGGAGGUGAAGAACAACCUGCUGAAUGAGGACCUGGAGAAGGUCAAGAACUGGCAGAAGGACGCCUAUCACAAGCAGAUCAUGGGUGGCUUCAAGGAGACCAAGGAGGCUGAAGAUGGCUUCCGCAAGGCCCAGAAGCCCUGGGCCAAGAAGAUGAAGGAGCUGGAGGCAGCCAAGAAGGCCUACCAUUUGGCCUGCAAAGAGGAGAAGCUGGCCAUGACACGGGAGAUGAACAGUAAGACGGAGCAGUCGGUCACACCUGAGCAGCAGAAGAAGCUGCAGGACAAAGUGGACAAGUGCAAGCAGGAUGUGCAGAAGACACAGGAGAAGUACGAGAAGGUGCUGGAAGAUGUGGGCAAGACCACACCCCAGUACAUGGAGAGCAUGGAGCAGGUCUUUGAACAGUGCCAGCAAUUUGAGGAAAAGCGGCUGGUCUUCCUCAAGGAGGUGCUGCUGGACAUCAAACGUCACCUCAACCUUGCUGAGAAUAGCAGCUACAUCCAUGUGUACCGUGAGCUGGAACAGGCCAUCCGGGGCGCCGAUGCCCAGGAUGACCUCAGAUGGUUCCGCAGCACCAGUGGCCCUGGCAUGCCUAUGAACUGGCCCCAGUUUGAGGACCAGGAGUGGAACCCAGACCUCCCUCACACCACUGCCAAGAAGGAGAAACAGCCCAAGAAAGCAGAGGGUGUGACAUUGACUAAUGCCACUGGGGCAGUAGAGUCUACAUCUCAGGCUGGGGACCAGCAGCUACCCUCUAAACCCAAGGCCGGGGGCCGUUCAAGCUGGGUCCUCCCUCUGCAUCUCAGCGUUAGCAGCUACGACAGAGGCCAGCCCUAUGCCACUGAGUGGUCCGACGACGAAAGCGGGAACCCCUUCGGGGGCAGUGAGACCAACGGGGGUGCCAACCCCUUCGAGGAUGAUGCCAAGGGAGUGCGCGUGCGGGCGCUCUACGACUACGACGGCCAAGAGCAGGACGAGCUCAGCUUCAAGGCCGGAGACGAGCUCACCAAGCUGGGCGAGGAGGAUGAGCAGGGCUGGUGCCGCGGGCGGCUGGACAGCGGGCAGCUGGGCCUCUAUCCCGCCAACUACGUGGAGGCCAUCUAG